UGGUUUCGACAAAGCCAUCUCAGUGAUGACAGAAAUCUUCAGUGACUCUCAAUGAGUUGGCGCUGAAAGAAGGAUGUCAGCUAUGGGGACCUCUUUGUUCGGUGUGCAAAUGGGCAUUAAGAAACCAAUGCACCUGAUCUUGCUAUUCUUCACGUUCCUCUUUGCGUCAUUCUUUAUACAAGGGUUGGAAGCUGAAGUAGCACUUCCAUAUGAUGAUGAGGGGAUCUCUCAUUCAUCUCUAUUACUGAAUGAAUUGCUUUUGCAGGGUGUUAAACAAGGAUGGAGGAGCAGGAAUUCAAGGAGAAUGAUGAUUGGAUCUACUGCUCCGACAUGCACUUACAAUGAAUGUAGAGGGUGCAAGUUCAAGUGUAGAGCUGAACAAAUUCCAGUCGAUGCGAACGACCCAAUCAACAGUGCAUACCACUAUAGAUGUGUUUGCCACAGGUAAGCUAGCUUUGCUGAGAUAACAAGCAAGAGCAUAAAAGUUGAGUGGGAGCUAGAGUGAGCUCCUGAUGAUAAGCGUAUGUUAGCAACCCAUGUGAAGGGCUCCAGACUUUGGAAAAAAAUUCUACCUUUCUUUGUCUUUUAUUCUUCUCUGGUUAGAUAUUGUUUUGUUGUAGUACAAAUGUUGAGAUGGGUCCUUGGAAAGAUCUAAUUUUCGAUCGGUUAGUUUUGAAUGACAAACUGUACUAUUUUGUGUUCAAUAAUUAUC